AGAAGUGGGAGCCGGUUGCGAGAGGGAGGGGCGAGUGGAGGUGUUCAGUCGCGCUGGUCAAAAUGGCGGAACGCGGGUACAGCUUCUCUCUCACCACAUUCAGUCCUUCUGGAAAGCUUGUUCAGAUUGAAUAUGCUUUGGCAGCUGUUGCAGCAGGAGCCCCAUCGGUUGGAAUUAAAGCUGCAAAUGGUGUGGUUCUGGCAACAGAGAAAAAGCAGAAGUCCAUUCUGUAUGAUGAACGGAGUGUACAUAAAGUGGAAUCCAUUACCAAACACAUAGGCUUGGUGUACAGUGGCAUGGGCCCUGAUUACAGAGUACUUGUUCACAGAGCACGUAAAUUGGCCCAACAGUACUACUUGGUUUAUCACGAGCCCAUUCCAACAGCUCAGCUAGUACAGAGGAUUGCUUCUGUGAUGCAAGAAUACACGCAAUCUGGAGGUGUACGUCCAUUUGGUGUAUCAUUGCUAAUAUGUGGGUGGAAUGAAGGACGACCAUAUUUAUUCCAGUCUGAUCCAUCUGGGGCUUACUUUGCAUGGAAAGCAACUGCGAUGGGAAAGAAUUACGUGAAUGGAAAGACAUUCCUUGAAAAAAGAUACAAUGAGGAUUUAGAACUUGAAGAUGCAAUUCAUACAGCUAUCUUGACACUAAAGGAAAGUUUUGAAGGUCAGAUGACAGAAGACAAUAUAGAGGUUGGCAUCUGUAAUGAGGCAGGAUUUCGGAGACUCACUCCAACUGAAGUUAAGGAUUAUCUGGCUGCAAUUGCCUAACGUGGGUUAAAGGACACUGCUCAAUACAGAGAGCUGUCUUUUGUUUUUGGUUCUUUUUUUAACUUCAGCCAUUUACGUAUUUGGCUGCUGCACUCUCCUUUCUACUUUGUUCAUCUAAAAGAUUUUUUUAAGAGAAAUAUUAUGAUUCAAAUGCUACUGUCCUAUUACUGAGAUGUGGAGCUAUUGUUCUUAACACAUUAAAUGCUGUACAAGAAUAUUACAGGAGUUUACAGUCUGAAAAAAUAAACAUACAAGUGGUGGAAUAAAUCCUGGGUAAAGCUUAAA